AUGAUACUAGCGUCCUUUGUUAAUAGCAGUAGUGAUGAUAGCGAUGAGGAGCAAGGAACGAUAAUAAAUCUUGCUUCGCAUCGGCGAAUGAUCCGAACUGCGACAGAUGCGUUGGAAUUGCCUGACCGAGCCUUUAUUAAGAGUUUUCGUGAGUCGAAGGAUAUUUUUGUUAGUAUUCUUCGUGAUAUUGAGCCAAGAUUUGCUCCAGUCAAAGGACGCGGGUUGACUGUCAAAGAAAAACUUGCCGCUGCUUUGCGAUUCUUAGCAGAAGGCAGUUAUCAGCAUGGAGUUGGACAAGACUACGUGGUAGCUAUUGCCCAACCAACCUUCUCUGCUAGUUUUCAAGCAAUUUUGGAUGCUAUGGAAGCCACACUAUGCCCCAAGUGGAUUUCGCUUGAGAUGAGCAGUAACGAGAAACAAGAAGCAAGGCGUUACUUUUUUAGAAAAAGCGAAAUACCCGGCAUUGUGAUGUGCGUAGAUGGUACACACGUACCAAUUAUCGCUCCAAAAAUAAAUAAGGAUCAAUUUUACAACCGAAAGGGAUUUUCCAGCUUGAACGUAAUGAUGCUUUGUGAUCAUCAAAUGAACAUCCGAUACGUGAAUGCCCGAUAUGGGGGAGCCAAUCAUGAUGCUCAUGUUUGGACUGUUAGCAACGUAGAUAGUUAUUUUGAAGCAAAACAUCGGAAUGGAGAAACCGCAUUCAGAGUACUUGGAGAUUCGGCAUAUCCUUCAAAACCAUGGCUUGUUACGCCGAAAAGAAACGCAGCUCAUGAUACUCCUGAAGCAAGAUACAACUCUAAACAUGUACAAGGAAGGGAAAUUGUUGAGAGGACGUUUGGAUUACUAAAAUCCCGGUUUCGAUGUCUUUCAGAUGCAAGACAAUUGCACUACGCACCACAAAAAGCAGCUCAGAUUGUCAAUUUGUGUAGCGCAUUACACAACCUAAAGAUUAGCCAAAAUGUGUAG